AUGCAGCAUGAGGCAGACAUGAUGCUGAGUUCAUCCACCAACCGCUGGCGGAAGCGGCCGCCAAACCAGGCCGGCGGCGCGACUGGCGGGGGUUCCGGUAGCAGCAGCCGGAGAUCCCCCAACACCACGGUGGCAGACCGGCGGCACCUUGACCCUCCUCCUGCCGUGUCCGUGGGCGCGCACUCGUCAAGUACGGGGGCGGAGCAGCAGCCGCAUCAGUUCUACUACCCGGCUACAGCAGGGGUCGGCGGCGGUGGCCAUCACCUUCCCGCGACGGCGACACGGCCGUUUGCAACGAACGCCGCCUGGGUAGUGAAACCCGCGUCCUAUUCGCUGCCGCCGUCGAACACGACGGCGGCGGCGGUGACGGCGGCGGCCCCAGCGCGCGCCCCUCCCUCCUCGUUGACCGAGCUCCACCCGGCUGAGGACCAGCAGCUUUCCCUUGCGCCCGGUCAGCAGCCGCCGUCGCAGCAGCCUCAGGCGGGAGGCCGUCGGAGACAAGGACGAGGCGGAUACAGAGGAUCAAUACCAUCACCACCACCACUAGCAACGCAGCAGUUCGAAACUUGCCGCCAGCAGCAACAACAACCACAGCAGCAGCAACCGCAGCCAAGCGGCGGCGGCGGCGGCGGCAACGGGAGGGGAAGCGCAAGCGCUGGCACGAUCGCAACCCUGAUCCUCGCCUCCCUGAUAACGUACGCCCUCUACAACGCCUCGGUGGAGGCCCUGGCGGGACAGCGGACGAGACUGUCAAUCCCCCGUCGCCACCCCUCCAGCGCUUCGGCGGGAGGAGCGAGCUUGAUCGGAACGUCCGGACGCGACGUACCUGCCGAGAUAGUCACCACGGGCGGCGCCGCUGGCGCCGCCGCCGCCGACAACACCGCGCUGCUCGAAGACGAAGACGACCAUCUUUCAGACGGUGGCAUUGGCUUCAAGGUCGAGUACUACGAGCGCGUGCCCACGGCGGUGUCGUGGGGGGGCGGCGCCAAUGGAGGGGAGGGGGGCGGCGGAGGAGCCGCGGUGGCCGGGUGGGGUAAGGGAGUGUCUGUGGUGACCGUGAGCGCGUGGCAGACCCUGGCGGCUCUCGGGUUCGGGUUUUUGAUGUCCAGGUUCUGGAGGCGUUUUAGGCGGCCGGAAGUUAGAGCGCUGAGCGACGGGGAGCGGACGCGGCGGAACAAGUUCCUGUUGGUGUUCGCAGCGGCGCACCUGGCGGGGACCGGGCUGGAGUACCACGGCUACGGCGUCAUCGGUGCGGCAGCGGCGGAAGUUCUGCGCUCCACCGAAGCAGCGUGCUUCUGCCUCUUGAGCCUGAACGUGGGCAUGCAGCGACCGGGAUUGGCAUCGGUGCCCACCCUGCUGCUAGCCCUUGGCCUCGCGCUAGCGGCCACCCCGACAGCGGGGGACCUAAGGGCCGGGUGGGGGGGGCUCCGCGCGAGCCUGGCGGCCAACAUACUCCUCGCCGUUCGCGCCAUCGCGGCUAAGAUGGCGCUCGACGACUACGGCCUAGAUGAGAUAUCGGCGCUCUUUUCGGGGGCUACGAUGACCGCGGGUCUCCAGUCCUUGAUUUUGUUAGUAGUGGAAGUGCCUCGUGCCGCCGCCGGCCUUUCUCCUCGCCUGCUGCCUCACCUUUGGGGGGUGGGAGUUAUGGAAAUAGACCGCCAGCAGCCUGGGGGGCCCGUCUUGUCCGGCGAGGGGGCAGGGAUAGGGGUCGGGGAUGCGGGCGACUGGGGGGAGGGGAGGGAGAGGGCGCGGCUGGCGUGCCUACUGCUGGCGAACGGGGUGUUCCUGUACGGGCACCUGCUGGUGCUGUUCGCUCUGCUGUCGAGGCUCUCGGCCACCAUGUUCGCGAUCUCUAGUGGGUACGUGCACGCUGCGCUGGUGUUCGUGCUGCUGCUGGCCCUCAGAGGCUCCGCCGCUGGCCCUCGAAUGGUGGGGAUGUCUCUCGCCACGCUCGCUGUCUCGGCUCAUUUCUACCGGGCCUACGUCCGGGGAAGGGCGACGUCCUCCCUCCUGAACUCUGCGGACAACGCCGACGGCCUCCCGUGCGAUGCCGACGACGGCGGCGAGGCCGGGGGCGAUGCAACCGCCGCCACCGGCGGCGAACAGGAAGUCAUCUCCUUCGUGCCCCCUUCCCCUCCCCCCCACCGCCGCAGGCUGCCCCGGCUCCUUCGCCGCGAUAAUGACACACCGCCGGCAGCGGCGGCUCCGCUUUCUUCUUCCUCCUGCUCCUCCUCGUACUCGGGCCCGGCGGGCGGCGACGGUGGUAGGCGAGAGGAUCAUUUUUCGUCUCCCCCCGGCUGUCGCCCCGCGGUUGGGAUGACUGCAGGCGGAGGAGGAGGAGGAGGUAAGCCGGGUCUUUUUGUCCCGCUGCUCGGGACCAAGCUCGGCGACCGGAGGCGUGGGGUGGACGGCAGCGGCGGCGGCGGCGGCGGCAGCUGGGGUGGAAGCACCAACAGCAGCAGCUUGAGUGCCCCCGCCGCCGCCGCCGCCGCGGACGGCGAUGGGGCGCCCCCGUCCGGUUUCGCGUGGAGGUGGAUGGGGCUGAGGCCUUCGGAGUCGGCGGUAACGCCUCCUGUCGUUUCUGCCGCCGGGCAACUAGCGGACAAGCGGCAGCAGCAGCAGCGGCUUGAAGACGGUGUCGGCGAUGUCGGCAUCGAUGGCAACUUCGGCUUGCCGUCCCGUCAGCUUGACCACCACGGCGGUAGUGAGGUGCUGUCCCCACCGGCAGCUUUCGCUACCGCUUCCGCUGACUCCUUCGCCGCUGACGGUUCUCGAGGCCAAGACGGCGGUGACUAUGCCUGCGAGGGCCGAAGAAAGGCCCGCAGUCCCCAAUCGGGGAACCAUGAUUUUCCCACGGAGACCUUCGUGGGAGUAGAAGGAACAGUUGAGACUGCGCCAAGGAGAUUUGGUGCACCGUCACCAGGAUCACAGCAGCCUUACCCUCCAGUCUCCGCUUCCUCGAACAGCAACAGCAGCAGCAGCAGCACCGCCGGUAGCAGGUCUACCGGACUGCUGCAGCAGCAGCAGCAGCGGCGGCGGCGGUCCGCUUCGCGAAGCGUCCCGUUCGAACCUCCUCCUCCGUCGUUCAGCUCCCCCGCGAUCGCUGGAACUGCUACAACCGCCAGCAACAGUGUUGCCUUCGCUGCCCGCCGAGCUGGUGCGCCGCCUACAACCGCACCGGCGGGGUAUCCGUCGACGACGGCGGCGGCCGCUGGGGGCGGACGGUGGGGAGAGGAGCCUUCCGAAGGUGUCUCUCUUCCAGCCGGCCGCCGCGGGAGCGGACACGGCUUAGGGGGAACGGCGGCGGGCGUGCCUCGCCCCUUCCGCCGCCUCGGUGGCGACUACGUCGCCGGCCCCCGCGAGGAGGAAGGGGGGAUCGCCGCAGGAUUCCGUGGGGCCACCGUGGGUGGAGGUAGUCGUGGUCUCCGAACGGAGGACGGAGAAGGCGGGGCCGGUGGUCGGCAGGUUUCGGGUACGGGGGCGACGCUGUCGUCGCCGUCGACGUCCUCGUCAUCGUUCUCGCUGAACGGCUUCGAGGUGAUCGACAAAGAGGAGGACAUGUGGACCUGAUCGGCUCUCGAUGUAUUCCUGAUGAGGUCUCGAGCGAUAAAUCCCGAAGCUCUCCACACAGCACUAAAUGUCGCCUCGCGUACGACGUUACGUUAGGCCCGCGUACAGCGUUAUGUUAGGUAUAUGUAAGGUGGUGCUGAUAUCGAUCGGUUGAUUGAUUCUGGGGCUGUCGGUGCGUCAGACUAGAUUAGGUAUGUACCACUGUCGUGACAAACUUUCGAGGGUGAGUUGAGGGGAUAGUGUCAGAAGGUCGGCAACUGGAUGCCCAUCAGAUAUUCAUGGCCAGAUCGAGCUCUGUGCGUUAUGAUUGAACGGUUUGAGCCAAAUUUUGUUUGCGCUGGAAAGUCGAGUCCGAUAAUAUUUCAAGCUUUCUUUGUUUUGUUUUUUGCUUGUGACGGAGGAGACACGGCGUCGUUGACUCGAAUUGUGGAAUUUUUCGAAUGUACAUGGGCUUUGUCGGAAUUGGUGCGUGCAAUUGUCGUUUUCUCGAUGGUAUCGAUGGGUGAGGAGCGGAUGUCCGGUCUCCAGCGGGCGAAGGAUGAUCGUUGUCGCAUGUAGAUUGCUCGUGGAAUACGCAGUCUAACCCGACUCAUUCUUGAAUGGGACGUUCAUUCGCUCGUCUGUGCGGUAACAACGAAUUAUUAUG